GGUCUGUUAAGGACUUAUAGAAUAGGUAGGUAGAGCAAGUACACAAUGAAAUUGAAGAAUCAAAAAUUGGGAAAAGAAAUAUUUUAAUAAAUUACAUACCUUCUUGUUUAAAAAACCGGAUAAAAAGCUGCAGUUCUUUUAAUAGUGUCGAAGAAUUUUUUGCCAAGAUCACCAAGAAAAAUGGCAUGUGAACUCUUAUUGAGAUUGUCUGUGAGAUUAUCCUAUUUUUUUAUCUGAAUUUGAUGAUAUACAAAUUAUUAUAUAUUGCUAAAUACAAUGAUUUUGAGGACAAUUGAACGUCUAGUAGCUAUUCGCGGAGGACGCAUUUUAUUCGCCAAUAGAUGUAAGUCAACUGUUGUGAGAAAUGAAAAUACAAUGUCUCUUAGUAAAAAUCUUAAUAUUACUGAAAGCAAAGCUCAGUAUUUAUGUCUCAAACAUCCAUUCAUUGCAAAGUUAGAUGACCGCGGUAUAAAUGACAUCAUUGAUUGCAUAUGUUACUUGGGAUUCAGAAAAGAAGUGCUGGUAGCUCAACCACUUUUGUUCCUAUUACACCCUAUAACUUUGAAAUUCAGAUAUCAAAUUUUACAAGAAUGUAGUUUCAAAAAAAUAGAGCCUGUUCAUAUAGUCACAUAUUUAAGUUUAGUAAAGCAGAAGACUAUUGGGGAACUGAUACAAAGUGGUAUCAUACAACAAUAUGUAAACUUAGAAAACAGGCUUGCAGGUUAUAUGACACAAUGGCCUACAUCAUUGACUAAUGUUAUUGAUGACGAUAUCUCUAAAUACUCACUGUAUUCUUUAAGACUUAAAAUAAUCCAAAGAUAUCUUGAGCUUCUGUUAGAUCUUAAUGAAGAUGAAUUUAAUCGAGGAAUAAAAACAUACCCAACUAUCAAACAUCGUCCGUUGAAUGCUAUAAAUGAAACAUUAAAAAUAUUGCAGACUCAGAUUAUGAUGCCCCCUCACAAAAUAAGAUCUAAUUUAUAUCUAGUUCAUGUUGAUCCUGAAAAUUUGAUAGAUAUCAUUAGAAACUUCAAAACUGUUGGAGGAAUUGAUGUAAAAGAGGUCAUCAGGAUGCACCCUAGGAUAGCAACAAAAAAUUGCAACAUUCUUAUUGAAAUAAGAAAAGUUUUGGAACAGUAUAAUAUCAGCAACGAGGCUCAAAGAAGAUGUUUUGACAUAUAUACACUCGGACCAAACACAGUGCGAGAGAGACUAGAACAUGCAAAAGCAAUUCCUGAAUUUUCUACAUUCUAUAAUCAUCCUAGAUUUCUAAAAAUGAUUCAUUAUAACAAUACUGCUAUGGAAAGAUUAAGACACUUAUAUAGUAAUAAUAAAAAGUGUCUUAGUUUAAAUAUUCUAUCUGGAAGUUCAGCCCAUUUUGAAGUAUAUGAAAAGUCACCAGGUGAUCGACUAGGGAAAAGCAAAGAUCUAUUGUUUUGUGUUUCACAGUCAUUGGGUAAAGGCUAUAACAAAAGUGAUAUUCGUAAAAUGUUAAAAAGGCAUCCUUUUUGGAUAAACAUACCAUUAAUACAAGUGAAAUAUGUUUUUGAUAAAUUAACUAAGGACUUUACAAAUAAAGAUAUAUAUGAAAAUUGCCCUAUAAUCUUAUACCCAUGGAAUAAAGUCAAAGAGACAAUUAAUAUCCUAAACAACCAGUCUGGAGUUUUUCAUGAUGGUUUGGACUUAACUAGGAUAAGCCAAUCACAAAAGUUAAGUAUGGCUCUUUAUUUACUAGAAAAGAAACAUUAUUUUUCUGGAAAUGGUGUCUGGAAUAAUGAAAAAACUAAAGCUAAUGUGGAUAUAUUAGGAAUAAAUAUGUUAAAAAAUGUUCAUUCAGUGCAGAGUGUUUAAAUGAUAAUAAACUUAUAUAAAUUGUC